UAAGCGAAAGCUUCUUCUAUUCCACCCUCAACUAUUUGAACCAUUUGAACCGUUUUUGCAGACUGAAGAUUGUCGAUUGAAGGAAUAGAUCGACCUUGGAUUUCGUUCAAAAGUGUUAGUAUAAACCUGACGAAUGAUGUCAGUACUAUGUCUCUGACUUCUUUGGCUGCAUACCUUUCUAUUUGUAUCUUCGCAUUUGUAGUGAACAUACAUGCUGAGGGCUUAUCUCCGUACGGUUCACAAGGGGUAUUAAUAGCAAAUACUGUUGAUGGUUCGUUCAUUGGUUUAGAUAUAAAAAGUGGAAAGUUGGUUUGGAAGAUAGAUGGCCCUCCUCUUGUUUCUCAGAGUCUGAGUGAUCUCCAGCUCAUAACAAAAACGAAGUCAUAUAGCAUUGUUCCUUCACUUGACGGCCAACUUUUUUUGAUGGAGAGAAAACUAACGGGUGACUCAGAUCUAUUACGUGGAGCAUCACUGAAGGCAUUACCGCUGAGCAUCGACUCUUUAUUCUCUUCAAAUUUUAUGCUCACAGAAGAUUCACUAUUAACUGGAGGACGAGAACAUUCAACAUUCACUUUCAAUCCUAACAACGGCAAAAUCAGAUAUAAUUGUACCCGUGAUGGGUGUACUAGCUCUGAUGUUGAUAAAAAAUUGGUUGAAGAACCCUUAAAUACAAACGAUCCGACCAUUAUAGUGUACAGAGUAAAUAACGUAGUCCGCGCCGUAAGUGCUCCAUCGGGGAUUGAAAAGUGGAAUUUGAGCGUUCAUCAAUACGAGCUUUGCCUGUUAACUGGUGGAAUUCCUACCCCAACUACUGCCGUGCAGAAGACUUCACCUAUUUGUAACGUACCUUUGGGUACUACACAUACUCACAAAAAGUUUGUAGAUGAGUCAUUUGUUGAUAUGGAAGAACCAGAUUGGGAUAUUGGACUAGACAAACAUACAAUAACUGCAAGAACUAAAGGUUUACAGUCUGAAGAAAUAUGGUCCUACAACUUUAAUUCAAGGAUUUCAAAAGCUUGGAUUUAUCGUAGAGACUUACAAAACUUAAGACCGCUGUCACUGUUUAUGUAUGACAGAGUUGCCUUACUAUUAAUUGAAAAGGUGAAUGAAUUUAAAAAAGCAACUGCCAUUUCAAAUUUGGAAUCAUUAAAAGAAAAGGGCUUGAACCUGUUCAAUGGGAAAAAUACUCUUUCCUCAUCACGUAAACAAAAACCUGAUUGUCCAUCACGCGAUCGUCUUAUUUAUCUUGGUAGCUUAAAUGGUCAGCUGUAUGUCCAAACUGAAGAUGGUGUUGAUCUUCCCAAUCCGGAAAUGAUAAAUCUGUCUAAAAGUUUAUCUACAAAUUCGGCUGAAUCACUGAAUAAUCGUCGUUUUGAUCUAACUGGUUACUAUCAAGCAUCCUAUUCAAACUCGCCCAAAUUGAAAAAAUAUACACAACCAUUUCUUUUAUAUGAUAGUGUUGAAGAAACAAUUGAAAAGGCUACCGCUUUAGGAUUUCCAAGUAGUGUGGGACAAUUCAAACCUGUUCUUGGUUUUCAACCGGAAACAAUACCUGAAAAGGCUCUGACUUCAACUGAUAUCGAAAUGAGUGACACUAGUGGUAUACCAGGACAUUUUCUUGAUAAUGCCAACGAUUUACUCAUGCUCCUAUUACGUGCCAGUGAGAUUGCUGUAAAUCAUUCACCGUCUGGUAUUGAAAAUAGUAGGUCGUUAGGAUUUAAUCUGUCUGCAUAUUUCAUGCAAUUGCUUGUUUUGACUGGAGUAAUUUAUUUUACGGCACAUUGGAUAAUGAAUGUGAAAAUUAACUAUGAUACACAGUUGAAAAACUAUUCGUUUCAAUCUGAGCCGUGUAAUUUAGAAUCAGUUGUUGUCAAAACACACAGUUCAUCGGAAAAUUUGUGUGAUACACUGAAGUGUCUAUCAUGUUCAACUCCGAAUAAUUUAACAUCAAAUCCUUCAUGUCAGUCUCUGCUUACUACUGCCAAUACUCAACCACCUAGUUUUAUUUCACCAUUUGAAACAGAUUUCAAGUAUAUACGUCGACUUGGACGUGGUGGUUUUGGUCAAGUGUUUGAAGUUGAAAAUCGUCUUGAUGGUUGUCGUUAUGCUAUCAAACGUAUUAAAAUGAAUGAUACCGACGAUGAUAAAAAUAUAUUUCUACGAGAAGUAAAAGCUUUAGCUACACUUGACCAUCCAGGCAUUGUCCGCUACCACCGAGCUUGGAAGGAAUAUCCUCCUUCUGGUUGGCAAGAGUCACAUGAUGAAUUAGUACUCGGUUUAUCUGACGACUUAACUUCCAGAAGCAGCGAUUUUACAGAUUGUGGGAACAACGAGAAUUGUCUGUCAAAUACUUUUUUCUCGUCAAAUGUCAAUUCGCGCCAUUCCAGUGUAUCGCUCUGCGUGGAUAAAAGCUCAAUAGGAUUAAAUGAGUCUCACCACUCCAGCUAUCGGAAGCUUUCAAAAGCUUGUUUGGAUGACAGUCUUAUUGUUUUUGAUCAUCAAAAUAGUACUGAAACAUUUUCAUUAGAUGGUUCAAGCCUUACAGAACAAUCCAUCAAAGAUAAAUCUAAAAAUGAAACUAAAUAUACAUGCUACUUGUACAUUCAAAUGCAAUUAUGUUCGCCAAUAAGCUUACGUGAUUGGCUUGUUUCUCAUAGUAUUCCAGAAUCACGCCCACCACGCGUUGAAUUGAUUUGUAUGUUUCGUCAAAUCGUUGAAGCUGUAGCCUAUUUACAUGAUCAUUCUUUAAUGCAUCGUGAUUUGAAACCUUCAAAUAUCCUGUUUGAUUUAACCAAUCGUCUUAAACUUGCCGAUUUUGGUUUAGUUACUUCUAUGGUUGAUGACAAAUUAAAUCAGUCAGAUAGCUCUUAUAUUAAUUGUAAUAAACAAGGGGAACAGUCCUCAAGUUUUCCAGUGACUACUAUUGUAAGUGAUUUAAAUGGUCAAUCAGAGCAUAAUAAUAACAAUGUCAUUAUCGAUCGACAACUAUAUCCUUUGAAAGAAAUUAGCACUGCUCAACAAAAGCGUUCUGUAUUGACACGUAGACAUACUGAUCACGUGGGAACAGAUCUAUACAUGAGUCCUGAACAAGAACGAGGAGAUAAUUAUAAUCAUAAAGUGGAUAUCUUUUCAUUGGGACUGAUCUUUAUUGAAUUGUUGAUAAUAUUUAAUACAUCAAUGGAAAGAAUAUUUACAUUGACCCGAGCAAAACAUCAAAAACUUCCUAAGGAAUUUAUAAUCUGUAAUCCAUUCGAAACUGAAUUCGUGCUCAAACUUUUGGAUUAUGAUCCAGUUAAACGUCCUGAUGCUCCUGCAAUCUUAGAAAGUGCACUUAUUAAACAAUCUGUUUCAUAGAAGUUAUGAUGGGGUAUUCGUUUUUUCAAUACCCAAACCACAAAUUUGUCAGAUUUUUUUUGUUACAUCUUAAUAUAUUUGUUUAUAUUUUAAUUUGAUAACCUCUCCUGUGAUCUGUAAAGUGAAUAUGUUUUUUAUACAAUGGAUUCUGUUGUUUUUCCGCAAAACAAGGUUUUCUUUCAUCAC